AUGACGAAUAAUAAAUUAUUCAUCUUCUUAGCCUUUCUCUUACUGAUAUUUGGCACAGAUUCGGAAAAUAUUACAGACGUGAACUUGGAUGUUAAAAAUGAAUCUGAGUUUACCCUCAAACUGAGAGCUUACCAAGAAGGCACCUUCCUUCUUCCAAAUUCAAAGGUUGAUCAAAACUAUGAAUCUCCUCCUUAUUACCCAUCUCCCGUUGGUGGAAGAUUGGAAAACACUUGGCAAGAAGCCUAUGAGAAAGCCAGAAAUUUAGUUCAAAAUAUGACAAUUGUUGAGAUGGUGAACUUGACUACUGGUAUUGGAUGGGGAUCUGGUCCUUGCGUAGGAAAUACAGGUUCAGUUCCUAGACUUGGGAUUCCAAGUUUUUGCCUACAAGAUGGUCCAAAUGGGGUCAGAUUUACUGAUUUUGUUACAAAUUUUCCUACUGGUCUUGCAGUAGGUGCCACUUUUAAUAGAGACUUAAUGUUUCUAAGGGGAAAAGCAAUUGGGAGAGAAUUUAGAAGUAAAGGGGUUCAUAUUUUUUUGGGACCGACUGUAGGACCAAUUGGCUUAAAGGCUGCAGGAGGUCGUAAUUGGGAGGGAUUCGGCGCUGAUCCAUAUCUUCAAGGAAUUGGAGGUGCUGCAACAGUUCGAGGAAUACAAGAGGAAGGCGUAGUCGCCACUGUAAGACACCUUAUAGGAAAUGAACAGGAACACUUUAGGCAGGUUGGAGAAUGGAAGGAGAAUGACUGGCAAUCACUUAAAAGUUCUAUCAGUUCUAAUAUUGGUGAUAGAGCAAUGCAUGAAAUAUAUCUUUGGCCAUUUGCGGACGUUGUAAAGGCUGGCGUCGGUUCUGUUAUGUGCUCAUAUAACCAGGUCAACAAUUCUUAUGCCUGCGAAAAUUCCAGAAUAAUGAAUUAUUUGUUAAAAGAAGAAUUAGGAUUUCAAGGAUUCGUAAUGUCGGAUUGGGGUGCACAGCAUACUGGACUUCAUUCAGCAUUAUCUGGGCUCGAUAUGACGAUGCCUGGUGAAAUAUUCAAUGGCUGGACAUCAGGAAAAUCCCACUGGGGUCCACAAUUGACUGAGGCAGUGUACAAUCAUACUCUUCCAUUGGAAAGACUUACCGACAUGGCAGUUAGAAUAUUAGUACCUUUUUUCACUUCAGAUGCCAUUGAAUUACCAUCAGAGCAGAGAGCACCAAAUUUCAAUUCUUGGACACAUCGUACACUUGACCACGAGAACGCUUUUCAUAAAUCGGGUCCCUUGGUCUUGCAGAAUAAGCAUCAGGAUUCACGUAGUCAGUUCAGUGAAGAUGUCUCAUUGAACGUUUCAAGAGAGGCUGUCAUUCUAUUAAAAAACGAAGGUCAGUCCUUACCAAUUUCUAAAACGACAUGCAGAAAGCUACUUGUAGCAGGAAUUGGGGCAACAAUUGAUCCCAAUGGGUUCAACUGCAUCGACCAACAAUGUGUAGAUGGUGUUUUGACGACUGGAUGGGGUUCUGCAGCUGUUAACAAUCCAUUUGUGAUAACGCCAUAUGAAGCAAUUUCUAAAAAGGCCAUAGCUCAAGGAAUGGCUGUCGACUUUUCAAGAAAUGUUAAUAGGGCAGCCGAUUUGGCUGAAUUUGUUGAUGUAGCUAUAGUUGUUGUUAAUGCCGACUCCGGAGAAGGAUACAUUAAAGUUGAUGGCAAUUAUGGAGACCGAAAAAAUUUAUCACUCUGGCACGAGGGAGAUGAACUCGUAAACCGAAUUGCUGCAAAAUGUCAAAAGACGAUUGUGAUUGUGAACUCAGUAGGCCCAGUCGAUAUGGAACAGUGGAUUGAAAAUGACAAUGUAGUCGGAGUUGUUUUUGUUCCUCCCCUAGGUCAGUACGUCGGGCGUGCAAUCUCUGAAGUAUUAUUCGGGGAUGUGAAUCCCUCUGGAAAAUUGCCGUUUACAAUUGCGAAAAAUAUGAAGGAUUACGUCCCAAUCAUUGAGGAUCUCGAAUCAGAGAAUCCUCAAGACAACCUAGAGCGAGACAUAUUUCUUGAUUAUAGAUAUUUUGACAAUAACAGCAUUGAUCCACGUUUUGAAUUUGGUUUUGGGCUUUCGUACACCACAUUUAAUUUACAUAGUCUUGAACUAAAAAAAGUUGAUGUACCUUCAAAGCUAGUGGGCAAAUUUGUUGAGUACUUGCCUCUACAUAAAUCUAAACUCCAAAUAUGCGACCCAGAGGAAGCUCUAUUUCCGUUAGACAAGAUUAAAUAUACUCCAUGGCACAUAUAUCCCUAUCUUUCUAAUAAGAGUACAAGUGAAGAUAAAAAGGCUCGUUAUCCGGAAGGCUAUAAUGAGAGACACAGACAUUUCCCACCUGCUGCUGGAGGAGGACCAGGAGGCAAUCCAGCAUUGUGGAAGGUAUUGUAUCAAGUCACUGCCGACGUCGAAAACGUGGGUGAUUUAGGUGGCUCGUUUGUAGCCCAGUUGUACAUCGAAUAUCCAAAGACUAUUAUGCCAUCACCUCCUAAAAUUUUGAGAGGAUUUGACAAAGUGUCACUAAACGUCGGAGAAAGUAGGAAGGUCAAUUUCGAAAUACUUCAUAGAGACUUGAGCAUAUGGGACCCUGUAACGCAAAACUGGGUAAUUCAAGCAGGAAACUACAAGGUUUGUUUAGGAUCAUCAAGUAGGAGGUUAAUGUCAUGUGGCGAAAUCGGCGUUGGAUAUUGA